AUAGAACUUCAAACCGGUCUGCUGCUGCGCAAGCGGGCUACUGCGCUCACAGCUGUACACACUGACCCCAGAGAAUCAGGUGCGGAGAUUUGGAAAAAUCAGCCUUCAUUCAGAAAUGGAGGUUUUGCUAAAGAUCGGCAGGUAGACAUCACAUUUUCCUCCACCUCCACUACUCCCAGCCUGAAGAAGACAGCUUCCAUUUACAUGAACAACAAGAUAACCACAUCUGUCCACUUGUGCCACUCCAAACCUGCUUUCCUGCACACCUCACUGCCUUAAGUCUUCAGCAUGUAUCAGAUUGUCCCGGUGGCUCCUGGGGAGCAACAGACGCCGGGGGGACCUGGCGGUUCUCCAAUGAAGAAGAAACUGGCUCAUGAAGGCCGGCCUCUGGUGUUGGCAGGCAUGUUAGGCUGUGUGUUGGUUCUAGCUGCUGUGGUUGCCUGGUGCUAUUACUCGGCAUCCCUCCGUAAAGCCCAGCUGCUGAAGGCUGAGCUGUUGGACCUCAACAAAGACGGUUUUAUCAUUAGCAACCAGGUGGGGGCUGUUAUCUUCAGUAUGAGCUUCAGGUCUGGCACUUUGGAUCUGGACUCCUGCUCAAAGGAGGGAAAUAUUCUGAGCUGCACUCAGUCAGAUUCUGGAAAGAUCAACUUCUUUAUUCAGACGGUUCGGCCAAAAGACACGGUGAUGUGUUACCGGGUUCGCUGGGAGGAGCUGCAAAAUAAGGGCUCGGUGGAGCACGCCAUGGCCUAUAAUGACUCUCAUUGGUAUGGUGGGGCAGAGACUGCAACACAGUACUGGCCUAUCAGGAUGCAGGGCGAGGCGGAACCGCAGCCUUUCAUCACCAGUGACGUCUACUCCAAUCGGAAUGCCUUUGGGGGAAUCUUAGAACGCUACUGGCUGUCUUCAAAUGCAACCUCCAUCAAGAUUAAUGACUCAGUACCGUUUCAUUUGGGCUGGUCUGAGAAGGACAGGACACUCAGGUUCCAGGCCCGGUACCAGGACUCUCCCUUUAGACCGCCAGAGGGUCAGCAGGCCUUUCCUGAACUCAGCUACAGAGUGUGUGUGGGGUCGGAUGUUACCUCUAUUCACAAAUACAUGGUGCGUCGGUAUUUCCCGAAGCCUAUCAAGGUCCCGUCUCCUGAAGUGUUCAAACAGCCGUUGUGGUCUACUUGGGCUCUCCACAAGACAGCCGUAACUCAGGAGAAGCUGCUGCAAUACGCCUCCGACAUCACUGCACAUGGCUUCACCUGCUCCCACCUGGAGCUGGACGACCGCUACACUGCAGACUAUGGAGAGUUUGACUUUGACCCGCAGAAGUUCCCCAAUGCUAGCGGUAUGUUUGACAAACUCAGAGAGGACGGGUUUCAGGUGUCCCUCUGGACACAUCCUUUCAUCAACUAUGACUCCAUUAAUUUUGGCGUUGCUGUGGAGAAGGGACUGUUUGUGCGGGAGCCGAGCGGUGAGCUGCCCGCUCUGGUUCGCUGGUGGAACGGCAUUGGAGGAAUCUUGGACUUUACCAACCCAGAAGCCCGUGAGUGGUAUUCCUCACAUCUGCGUAUUAUCAAAACCCGCUAUGAUGUGACAUCCUUCAAGUUUGACGCAGGUGAGACGAGCUACCUUCCACGCCAGUUUAGCACCUUGGUCCCACUGUCUGACCCCUCCACCUUCACCCGCCGCUACACAGAGAUGGCCAUCCCGUUCAGCGAGCGUGCAGAGCUGAGGGUGGGUUACCAGAGUCAGGACAUCUCCUGCUUUUUCAGGAUCAUUGACAGAGACUCUGUGUGGGGUUAUGAGCUCGGCCUCAAGUCCAUCAUCCCGACUGUUCUGACUAUUAGCAUUCUGGGCUACCAGUUUGUCCUACCCGAUAUGAUAGGAGGGAACGCAUACCCCAACCGCACCACAGGUAGUUUGGAUGAUAAAAAUGUUCUGCCGGACAGAGAGCUGUACAUCCGAUGGUUGGAGCUGUCUGCUUUCAUGCCUGCUAUGCAGUUCUCUAUACCACCGUGGGCCUAUGACAAUGAGGUGGUACAGAUCGCGCAGAAAUUCACAGAGCUCCAUGAAACUCUGGUGGCUCCAAGAGUUCUUGAACUGGCAGGCGAGGUUCUUGAUACAGGAGACCCUAUCAUAAGGCCUCUCUGGUGGAUUGCCAACGAUGACGAGGCAGCCUACAAGAUCGACUCCCAGUUCCUGAUCGGGGACGACUUGAUGGUGGCGCCAGUGUUGGAGCCAGGAAAGCAGGAGAGGGACAUCUACCUGCCUGCAGGGCGAUGGAGGAGCUACAAGGGGGAACAUUUCGAUAAAGGCCCCAUGCACCUCACCGACUACCCUGUGGACCUGGAUGAGAUCGCUUUCUUUACAUGGGUCCACUGAAGUCAUUAAAGACACAUUAACACACACACACACACACACACACACACACAGUAUGCACAUGUACAUUAUUGUGAGCACACGUGCCAAGAAGUAGCAGGGCGAUGUUUGAUUUUCAAAGGGAAAUGACCAAUAAGGGAUUUGCUGCCACAGCAGAGAGUGAUUUUGGGAAAAGAUGAACCUCAUGUCUCCUCUGACCUGCUCUUUCUUUGGACUUCUGCCUGCAGAUUAUAACCGUCCACCCAAAGAAUUAGAUACAAACUUCUGUUCACGUCUGAUUCUCUUGCUCCAUCCCGAAGCUGAUCCUCAUCCUCAUGUGCCUUCCACAGCCAAUAGUAAAACCGAUCUCAGAUUGUAUCGUCACCGCACCGUCUUCCACCUAAUGGACAUCUAGAUUAUGAAUUUCUUCAAAGGCAACAGCGUAAAUGGUUUUGGCUUGACAAGGUUGGACACUGAGCCUGCAAUAAUUAUGCACUCCUUCUCAGAGGGCAUGCCUAACCUUAUGUCCCCUUAACUGCUGUAUUGUGGAAAAUGUUCCUAACUACCUACAUUUAAGCUAACAUGCAUUAAUUAGCAUUGGACUGACAUUCUCUGUAUAUUUAUUGACUUUAUUGUUUUUUUAAGUGAAUAUACACAGUACAUUUGGGGUAUCUAUCAUGAUCAAACAAACUGCAAAUAUUUUUAUGUCAACACUUCUCAACCUCCAUACUGUUGUGCCAUUGUGUCAUUUCAGUGCCAAAAUCUACUGCUUUAUGCUUUUUUUGUACACAUGUACAAGUUCAAUUUACAGCUCAGGGUAGAUUUAAAGGGAUAACAUUUGCUAUGUUAGAAUAACUUUUGUUGAUUGACAGCAAGACAUUUUUGACACCAAUGCUACUGGUUUGCCUUUUAAAACAGGUAUUGUUCUCAAAGAUGCCAUAUUCUAAUGUGCCGUCCAUGUCUGCCUUGUGACUUUAUUUGCCUUAUCAGCUGAACUAAGCUAUGCUGUCCUUAGCACAGAGAACCAGUAGAGCGAUUAAACACUACACUCUGCA